AACAAUAAUUACUAUAAAUUUAGUCACAACCUAGCAACUUCAUAAGUUGUAAACAAACAGUGUGAGCCAAUCAGCUGGUAGUUCAGGAUUUUCCUGUUGCACGAGCACAGUGAGACACAUCGUGUACUGUGUCUCGUUCUCCUGCUUUCUUACCAACCAUCAUAGUCACUACCUUAAGUUGCAGAACCAGUUAGCUAAACCAAACAGGAAAGCACUACACCUAGAUGGCACGUAAACGUGAGGAAAGGGCCAUCAGAAAUGCACAGCGUGCUGCACGGAAGGCUCGAGCUAGCAACGGAGGACAAGACCCAAGUUUUGUAUCAUUAAAGCAACAGUUAGUGGCCAUGGGUCUCACUCUCAGAGAAAUUCCUGGUGAUGGAAAUUGUUUAUUCCGAGCUCUUGGAGAUCAGCUUGAUGGUACGCCAAAUACUCAUCAGAAACAUAGACAAGAUGUUGUGGCUUACAUGAGGCAAAACCGCAAUGAUUUUGAGCCAUUUGUUGAAGAUGAUGUUCCCUUUGAGAGGCACUUGAGUAACCUGGCUGAACUUGGCACCUAUGGAGGGAAUGAUUGUAUUGUUGCCUUUGCUCGUCUUCAUGAAGUUGUGGUUGUAAUCCACCAACUGAAUGCUCCACUCUGGCAGAUUUGUGGAAGAGAAGGGAAAAAAAAUAUGGCAGAACUUCACAUAUCAUACCAUAAUGGAGACCAUUACAACAGUGUACGGAGAAUUGGUGACUGUACUUCUAGCCCUGCAUGCAUCAAAUUAGCUGUUCAAGAAUCUGGAGAAGAUACAAAAGAUAAAAAGAAAAAUGGAAUGAAGAGCUCUGAUAAAGAGUACACGAGUGGUUAUCCUCAAGACUACUGUCAAGAUUAUACUGGAGAAGACUACACAUGGUCAGGGGAAGGAUAUGAUUUAUCGGAACCAGUUUAUGAAGGGCUGUCCAAGGCUGAACACAUGGUUAUCGAUCAAACUGGAUGUGAGGAUUUGCAGCUGAUCCGAAAACAACUUGAGGCUCAUGACUUCAACGUUCAUGAAGCUAUUGAUUCUAUACUCAAUUAUAUUGUUCUGCAGCAUAAAGGUGAAUAUCCACAAACAAUCCCGAAUAAUAGCAGUGGUUUGUGGGGCCCCAAUGGAACAGGAACACGUCUGUUUGGGGAAAAUGCUGCUGCUCCUCCGCCACCUGCCAUUCAUCCAAGCUAUCAGAAGAAGACUCCACAAGAGAAAAUACAACAACGCUUACGUACUCAACAGGUACAGUAUAUAUAAUUUGAGUUAAUCUUA